UCUUAUCUUGACUCUUGACUCACUUCACCACAACCACCUGUCACAUAUCUCUAACAUACUACACCCCCACCUCAAUCAUGCCCUCCCUCCAAGAAAGCAAGCUCGCCUUCAUCGGCGGCGGCAACAUGGCCUCCGCCAUCAUCGGCGGCCUCGUCACUAAGGGCGUCAACAAGCAGAACAUCCACGUCUCGGAGCCCUGGGACGUCAAUCGCGAGAAGAUCGCCGCCACCGGCGUGCAGACCACGACCUCGAACGUCGAAGCAGGCGGACAAGCCGACCUCGUCAUCAUCGCCGUUAAGCCGCAGGUCACGAAGAGCGUGUGCGAGGAGCUGGCGGCCGCGUGGGCCCAGCGCGACACUUUGCCGGUCGUCGUGAGCAUCGCGGCGGGUAUUACGUUGGGGAGUUUGCAGCAGUGGCUGAGUACCAAGGAUGGCAAGACGGCGCAUAUUGUUCGCGUCAUGCCGAAUACUCCGGCGUUGGUGGGGGAGGGUGCCUCCGGGGCUUACCCUAGUGGGGAUGUCACUGCGGAGGAGAGGGAGUUGGUGAAUGCGCUGUUGAGUAGCGUUAGUAAGGCGACGGAGUGGGUGGAUAAGGAGGAGUUGUUGGAUGUUGUGACGGGUUUGUCGGGAUCCGGCCCCGCCUACUUCUUCGCCAUGGUCGAGCACCUCGUCGCCAGCGCCACUGCCCUCGGUCUAUCCAAGGAACAAGCUACUCGACUGGCAUCGCAGACAUGUCUUGGAGCCGGCCGCAUGCUGACCGAGUCGUCGGACGACCCUACCCAGCUGCGCAAGAACGUCACCAGCCCGAACGGAACCACGCAUGCCGCCUUGCAGACCUUCGAAUCGCUGGGUUUCCAAGAUACCGUGGAUCAAGCUGUCAAGGCGGCUACGAACCGAGCGGCCGAGUUGGGAAAUACCCUGGGAAAGCUAUAGAAUGGGUUACGAAUCAUGAUGAGAAUUGACUGUCUACUUGGAUUGAUGAAAAUAUAUCAUACUACAAUUUAAUUCCGGAGAUUGUAUCAAGAUAAUGUGUUCUCUUCUUUUAAAGUACAUGGAUUUUGUCGUCAUUCAUAAAAUAGCAUAGCCCCCAUCCCAACGGUCUCUCCCGAUAUAAACAAUGUUUAUAGUAUCCCCGGCAAUCUAUCAAAACCAUCCUCCCUCCCCAUCCCUACCAACCCUCAUGACCCCAUUUUCUACUUCGCAG